AUGGACGACCUGUUUGACGUCUUCGACGACGCCCCGCCCACCAAAAAUGCUUUAGUCGCCAACGACAAAUCGAGCAAGAAGCGCUCCGCAAAUGGCCAUGUCAAGACCCCCGAACCCACCACCGUAAACCAGGAUGCUGCCACCCCUGCCGCCGACGAUAACGACGAGGACCAAGGCGUGCCAGUAUCUUCCGAGCCCGAGACCGCUGCCCCUGCCUCCGAGUCCAAGCGCCAAAAACGCGAUGAGCCCGCCCCCGUUGUGACCGAUUCUUUCGAGACCGAGCAAUCCAGAGAAGUCGCCGCCGCCGCUGGUCUCCAGGCCUCAAAGGAAGAAGCAAACGUCGUCCUCUCGCAUCAAGUUCGCCAUCAAGUCGCCCUUCCUCCGGACUACGAUUACAUUCCCAUCUCGCAGCACAAGCCUCCGCCGAACGGCCCCGCCAAAACAUAUCCUUUCACCCUCGAUCCCUUCCAGCAGGUCUCGAUCGCCAGUAUUGAAAGAAACGAAAGUGUCCUGGUCUCGGCUCACACCAGUGCCGGAAAGACUGUCGUUGCCGAAUAUGCAGUCGCCCAAUGUCUGCGCGAGAACCAAAGAGUUAUCUACACCAGUCCCAUCAAAGCCUUGAGUAACCAGAAGUUCAGAGAGUUCCAGGCCGAGUUUGGUGAUGUUGGUCUCAUGACUGGAGAUGUCACGAUCAACCCCACAGCCACCUGUCUUGUCAUGACCACCGAGAUUCUGCGCUCCAUGUUGUACAGAGGUUCCGAGAUUAUGCGCGAAGUGGCCUGGGUCAUCUUUGACGAAGUCCACUACCUCCGCGACAAAUCUCGUGGUGUCGUCUGGGAGGAAACCAUCAUCCUUCUGCCCGACAAGGUCCACUACGUCUUCCUCUCCGCUACCAUCCCCAACUCGAUGCAGUUCGCCGAAUGGAUCACAAAGACCCACAACCAACCCUGCCAUGUUGUCUACACCGACUUCCGACCUACUCCUCUCCAACACUACCUCUUCCCCGCUGGCGCAGAAGGCAUCCACCUCGUUGUUGACGAGAAGGGUACUUUCCGCGAGGAGAACUUCCAGAAGGCCAUGGCAACCAUCGCCGACAAGGCCGGAGACGAUGGCUCUGAUCCUAUGGCUAAGCGCAGAGGUAAGGGCAAGGACAAGAAAGUCAACAAGGGUGGCAGGAAAGAAGGUCCCUCGGACAUCUACAAGAUUGUCAAGAUGAUCAUGAUGAAAAACUACAACCCCGUCAUUGUCUUCAGUUUCAGCAAGCGUGACUGCGAGAACUAUGCCCUCCAGAUGAGUCAACUCGCUUUCAACGACGAUAACGAGAAGGCAAUGGUCAAGAAGGUCUUCGAGAGCGCUAUCGAAAUGCUCAGCCCCGAAGAUCGCGAGCUGCCUCAGAUCCAGCACUUGCUGCCUCUUCUGCGCAGAGGUAUCGGUAUUCAUCAUUCUGGUCUUCUCCCCAUUUUGAAGGAGACCAUCGAGAUCCUCUUCCAGGAAGGUCUGAUCAAGGUUCUUUUCGCCACGGAAACAUUCUCGAUUGGUCUGAACAUGCCUGCCAAGACUGUCGUGUUCACCAGUGUACGCAAAUUCGACGGUGUCGCUGAGCGCUGGGUCACGCCAUCUGAAUUCAUCCAAAUGUCUGGACGUGCUGGAAGAAGAGGUCUUGAUGAACGUGGUAUCGUCAUUAUGAUGAUUGACGAGAAGAUGGAGCCCGCAGUCGCCAAAGAGGUAGUUCGUGGUGAGCAGGACAAGCUCAACUCGGCCUUCUACCUCGGUUACAACAUGAUUCUCAACCUGAUGCGUGUUGAAGGUAUCUCACCUGAAUUCAUGCUUGAGAGAUGUUUCUACCAGUUCCAGAACACCGCCAGUGUCGCUGGACUGGAGAAGCAGUUGCUCGAGCUGGAGCAGGAGAGAAACCACAUGAGCAUUGAGGAUGAGCCGACCAUCAAGGACUACUACGACCUCCGCACACAGCUCAACAACUACGCUAAGGAUAUGCGCGAUGUUGUGAACCACCCUCAGCACUGCCUCCAGUUCCUCCAAUCUGGCAGAUUGGUCAGGAUCAAGCACAACGACCACGACUUUGGAUGGGGCGCUGUUGUCAACUUCGCCAAAUGCCGCCCUCCCAAGGGCCAGCCUGUACAAGAUCCUCCUAACGCAAGCUCAUAUGUCGUGGAUGUUCUGCUUCAGGUAGCCAGCGACGUUACCGUACCUGCUAACAAGAACAACGAUGAGCUUCCUCCCGGUGUCCGACCUCCUAUGGCUGGUGAGAAGGGCAAGAUGGAAGUUGUACCAGUUUUGCUAUCCACCGUCGAUGCGAUCGGCCAUCUCAGAAUUUUCUUGCCUACAGACUUGAGGUCACCAGACCAAAGAAACAAUGUCCGCAAGGGUCUGGAGGAAGUCAAGAGAAGAUUCCCCGAUGGUAUUGCCAUCCUGGAUCCUGUCGAGAACAUGGGCAUUACAGACGAGGGUUUCAAGAAGUUGCUUCGCAAAAUCGAGAUUCUCGAGUCAAGACUACUCUCGAACCCUCUGCACAACUCACCCAGGCUUGCAGCCCUCCAUACACAGUACGAGCACAAGGUUCAGCUUGGUAACAAGAUCAAGGACGUCAGAAAGCAGAUCAGCGACGCCAUGUCUGUGUUGCAGACGGAGGAGCUCAAGCACAGACGAAGGGUCCUUCGCCGCUUGGGCUUCAUCAACGAAGCCGACGUAGUGCAACUCAAGGCUCGUGUUGCUUGUGAGAUCAGCACUGGUGAUGAACUGGUGCUCAGUGAGCUACUGUUCAACCGCUUCUUCAACGAGCUUACCCCUGAACAAUGCGCGGCUGCUCUCAGUUGUUUCAUCUUCGAGGAGAAGAGCAACGAGACACCGACAUUGAAGGAAGAACUCGCCAAGCCUUACCGUGAGAUCCAGGCUCAGGCUCGCACUGUGGCUAAGAUCUCGCAGGAGAGCAAAUUGGCUGUCAACGAAGACGAGUACGUUGAUGGAUUCAAGUACCAGCUCAUGGAAGUCGUCUAUAAGUGGUGCAAUGGAGCAACCUUUGCCGAGAUUUGCAAAAUGACGGACGUGUACGAAGGCAGUUUGAUUCGUCUGUUUAGACGUCUCGAAGAGCUCUUGCGCCAGAUGGCACAAGCCUCGAAGGUCAUGGGAAGUGAGGAGCUUGAACAGAAGUUCGAGACAGCACUCACAAAGGUAAGACGUGACAUUGUCGCGGCACAAUCGCUGUACUUGUAA